AUGGGUCGUCUUCACAGCAAAGGAAAGGGUAUCAGCGCCUCGGCCAUCCCGUACUCGCGAUCCGUGCCCACCUGGUUCAAGAGCACCCCCGAGACCGUCGUCGAGAACAUCUGCAAACUCGCCAGAAAGGGUGCGACUCCUUCUCAGAUUGGUGUUGUCCUGCGAGACAGCCAUGGCGUUGCCCAGGUCAAGGUCGUCACCGGUAACAAGAUCCUGAGAAUCCUCAAGUCCAACGGUCUUGCCCCCGAAGUCCCAGAAGACCUGUACAUGUUGAUCAAGAAGGCUGUCGCCGUCCGCAAGCACCUCGAGCGCAACCGCAAGGACAAGGACUCCAAGUUCCGCCUCAUUCUCAUCGAAUCCAGAAUCCACCGUCUGAGCAGAUACUACAAGACCGUCGGUGUCCUGCAACCCAACUGGAAGUACGAGAGCGCCACCGCAAGCACCCUGGUCGCAUAG